AUGAAGCUCUCUUGCGUAAUCCUACUAUUGACUAGCAUUUCCGCUAUCGCUAGUCCACUACAUACCUCACAGGAAUCCCCUCACACUCCGCCGAUCAAGGUACGCGACACUUUGUCUACCACAGAAACACAGCCAGAGAGCUUCCCGAAAAUUCCUCCUGCUACUAUAUCCUCUCUCUUUAAGAAAGGCACGAAUGGCAUUCACCCUAAAAGGAAUCAAAGUGAAGGAGACCCAAACGAAAUAGACCUGUAUACUUUUGCGGCCUUGGAACACAGUACAUCGCCUUCAUAUCAAGAUACUACAUCGAUUUAUGCCACUUUCAAUGUACCAGAUAUCAACUAUCAUUUAUCUUCUAGCACACAAGAUGGCUCUUAUUCUCAGUACAUCAUAGUUGAACUGGACGGCUCAGAUUAUGUUCAUCAAUGUGGAAUUUUACAGCGGGUUCAACGGGCCAGCGGCAAAAACAUUUUUUUUGUAACUGGAGUCCACGCGUGGUGGAAUACCACUGUUCUUUCCGAAAAGCUUCGCGAACCACCUCCUCGCGAAUCGUUUGACUUCAAAGCUGGCGAAACAAUCAUGGCCUACGUUGUCACCCAAAAGUUGCUUAAGCAAACUCUAGCAACUUGCUACCUCAAAAACGUCAAUACCAAUCAGCAGGUGAACUGGACUAUCAGCGCUCCUGGCUCCUAUUCCGUACCACAGUGGAAAGCUGCUAGAUGGGGGGUAGCACAAGAAGCGUCUAAGGGGUUUCCAACACCUUAUUUCCAAAAUAUAACAUUUAAAGACCUAAGGGUUUCCAACGACUACGGAGUGCUGACCACCCCAGGGGAAGUGACUGGUGUUUACAAUUGGUUGGAAGAAGACACCACUGCGAUGGAGGUCAUUGAUGGGGCCGCAUAUCGUGUGUAUUGGACAGAGAAUCCCAGAGUCAAAACAAUCUACUAA